CGCCUCACCAUGCCCGACUCACCGGCGGAUGUGAAAACGCAGUCCAUUAACGCCCCUACCAUGCCCCCACCUCCCACCUCACAAGGAGCCCCCAGGACCAGCUCCUUCACCCCCACCACACUUACUAAUGGUAGUAGUCAUUCCCCCACCACGCUGAAUGGCGCUCCGUCUCCACCCAACGGCUUCAGUAACGGCCCUUCCUCCUCCUCCUCAUCCGCGCUGGCCAAUCAGCAGCUGCCGCCAGCGUGUGGAGCCAGACAGCUCAGCAAGCUCAAGCGCUUCCUCACCACGCUGCAGCAGUUCGGCAACGACAUCUCGCCUGAGAUCGGCGAGCGGGUGCGCACUCUGGUGCUUGGCCUGGUGAACUCCACUCUGACCAUAGAGGAAUUCCACUCCAAACUGCAAGAGGCGACCAACUUCCCGCUCCGACCUUUUGUCAUCCCCUUUCUGAAGGCCAACCUGCCCCUGUUGCAGCGCGAGCUCCUCCACUGCGCGCGGCUGGCCAAGCAGAACCCGGCCCAGUACCUGGCCCAGCAUGAGCAGCUCCUGCUGGACACCAGCACCACCUCGCCCGUCGACUCCUCGGAGCUGCUGCUGGACGUCAACGAGAACGGCAAGAGGCGGACGCCUGACAGAACCAAAGAGAAUGGCUUCGAGCGGGACACCCUGCACCCAGAGCAUCCCAGCAAGAGGCCCUGCACCAUCAGCCCUGGUCAGCGCUUCAGCCCGUCCAACGGCCUGCCUUACCAGCCCAACGGCAUGCCCCACCCCACCCCUCCGCCCCCACAGCACUAUCGCCUGGACGACAUGGCCCUGGCCCACCACUACCGGGAGUCCUACAGGCACCCCAACCACCGGGAGAUCAGGGAGCGUCCCAGGCCCAUGGGCAUGCAUGGAGCUCGGCAGGAGGAGGUCAUCGAUCAUCGGCUCACAGACCGAGAAUGGGCAGAGGAGUGGAAACACCUUGACCAUCUGCUGAACUGUAUCAUGGACAUGGUGGAGAAGACGCGGCGCUCACUGACGGUGCUACGACGUUGUCAGGAGGCCGACCGCGAGGAGCUUAACUACUGGAUCCGCCGCUACAGCGACGCGGAGGACCUCAAGAAGGGAAGCAGCAGCAGCCAGUCACGGCAGCAAAGCCCAGGCAGCCAGGACGGCUCACAAGCAGAGAUUCACCGGGACCUGCUUCACAGGCCAGUGUCAGGCUAUGUACCAGAGGAAAUCUGGAAGAAAGCCGAAGAGGCUGUGAAUGAGGUGAAGAGGCAGGCCAUGUCCGAGCUGCAGAAGGCCGUGGCCGAGGCCGAGAGAAAGGCGCACGACAUGAUCAGCAGCGAGCGGGCCAAGAUGGAGCGCACCGUCGCCGAGGCCAAGCGGCAGGCGGCCGAAGACGCACUGUCCGUCAUCAACCAGCAGGAGGACUCCAGUGAGAGCUGCUGGAACUGCGGGCGCAAGGCCAGCGAGACAUGCAGCGGCUGCAACACGGCGCGCUACUGCGGCUCCUUCUGCCAGCACAAGGACUGGGAGAAGCACCACCACGUCUGCGGCCAGACCCUCCAGGCCCAGCAGCAAGGGGAGACGCCGGCCACUAUCAGCUCCUCGGCCACCCCCAGCAGCGGAGCGGUCAGCCCCUCCGACACGCCCUCAGCCGCCACACCCCGUUCCGCUACCCCCGGAACCCCCUCCACAAUAGAGGCCACUCCCCGUUAGAGAGCUCUCUUGACCCCCAACCCCCCCCCAACCCACCACUGUUUUCAAUCCCAUCCCCUUACAUCCAAUCCCUGCCCAACGUGACUCAAUUCCUGCCUCACAUAUGCCUCACUUGGUUCGCUGAAGAUGCUAGGCUAGCACGCUAGAUUCUAGGCUAGCACGCUAACUAUGAGAGAAGGGAGAACGUCUGGGAGAAGUUGACUGCUCGCAGAAGGAGGAUGAGGUCCAUAUCAGGUCAUAUUGACUUGUCAUGGAACACAAAGAUAUUCUUUGAUGUUUAAAAAAAAAACAUUUUGUUCCGUUUUGCUAUUGUUGCUAUAGCUACUAUCACUCGUUCAUUCGUCGUUGUCGUUGUCUCGUCUGUGUUUUUGCUUUUUUAUGUUCUUGUAAAUAAGACAGAGAAAAGAUGAACUCCGAAGACAGUAGAGACCUCCAGAUGAGAAUAAGUGAUCUCUCCCUCUUUUCCCCCCCUCCUCUUUUGAGCAUUCUUACGUCCAGUAGCUGGGAUUGCAAAAAAACUAGUUGACCUCAUUGAAAGACACUUUACCAAACAAAACAAAAACCAAGGGAUAAUUCAUAGCUGUUGCAAAGCAAAGACAAAUAUUAUCUGUGAUUGGACAGCCAGGAACAGGAGUAAUAAGAGUAAAACAACAACAGAAUGCCAUGGGGGUACGGGAGCAGGACAAAAACGCAGCGCAAGAUGGAUGGCACGAGUGUGCUCUGGACUGAACUCUGCAGUUCCACAACCACAUGCACAGAUGUGCACCAGAUUGUGAAGGAGCACAGAUGUUUGUCCUUUUUCACCAUCCUCCCUGCCUCCCUCCCCCUCACACUUCUUCAAGACAUUGAAUAAUAUUCAGGUCAGUGGACUGAGAAAUAAGAAGCUGUUUCACAGUGAUAGGUAAGAGCACAGAGAGAGUCCAGGACUUGGACAUGAGAUCGGGACGUCAGACAGGUGGCUGCAGGACACUCUGAAGCACUACUUUCCCUACUGCACUCACUCAGCACAGGAAGUGCAUUCCCUCAACUAUAAGGAAGUGAAGUCAUCAGCCCCGCCCAGCACAAAGACUGUCGCACCCUCACUAUGACAGCGUCUGGGUACCAAGGGCUGGAAAUUUACCUACCGUUCCCCACGAGGCUUCUCCACAUCUUUCUGGAACGUUCUGGACGUUCUCCGGACCCAAUCACGCUCUGCUCAUAACGUCAGUCUUCAGGCUUUUCUUUUGUCUUCGUUUUCUUCUCCUAUUCUCUCGUUUUGUAGCUCCGUUUGUGUUAAAACACUAGUGUCCUGUGCAGUCUUUAAUGGUUAUUUAUUGUGUAUGUGUUGGACAAUUGUGACGAUGCAUUAUAGUUUUAAUCAUGGUCACAGACUCAUCCCUCUUGCUGGUGCAAAAAUGUGGAGAAAAAAAAACCCAUCCCUCUCUUUCUUGAGCUGCUUUUACAUUUGUCUGUGUUCGUGAUAGUUCCCAAGUGGCUCCUCAAGGAGAGAGAGACACUUCUUUCCGUUGCCCUGGAACAGGAAACACAAGCUAUCUCUCAGAGCUGCUAUUUCACGCGAAAUUCAGAUCUCUUGUCUGAGAAUUAGCAUGUUAUGUGGAAUGCUAACAUUUGAUGAUUUGUACAAGGGACGUACAUAACUGUAUUUGCACUGUCACAAACUUUCUCUCAGCAUGCUUCUUGGCCAUUUUUGUCAGUAGAGAGCCAUUCCUCACAGAUUUUACUCUGUAGUGCUUUGCAUAGCCUAUCUGUGAUUUUUCUUUCUGUAAAAAGGAGAAAUUGUAUCAUGAUCUGCUUUUAUUAGUAACGUUAUAACUUUGCUUUGAGUAAAUACAGGCAGUGCAUGCACAUUACUGAACGCUGAGAUAUAUGUUGUUUUUAUAGAAAAAGAGAAAAAGUUAAAAAAAAAAUAAAAAAGGCAGUAAAAAGAAGAAAAAAACAAUGAACUAAAUUUCCAAAUGCAGAGGCAUAGACAGACAGCUUUAACACAACAGAGCACCAGGUCUCACACAGUAUUACGACAAAAAUUAAAUAAUUUAAACAUGGAUGACAGCCAAAGACGGACAUAAAGGACCAAAACCUGACUAUCCAAGAUCUAAAAAAAAAAGAUUUGUUCAAAUGUACGGUAACUCAUAAUUUUAAUCUCUCUUUUUUCAUUUCUUUUUAUUUUGAGCCAGCCAGACAUCAAGGGGGAACCAGCCUUUUCCUCAUUUAUUUUAACUCUAAAUUUAACCCACUGUCCCCAGUUUGUACGGAGGAUAUGCCGCUGACUAUGACACACCUACUAAAAGUAUGCACUGCAUUUCUUUAAAGUGCAUAGUGGCUUUUUUGUAAGAGCAAUAAUAACUAAAAGUUUGUAAAGCUGUGUGGUGUGUCAUGGUGUCAAGUCACUGGUAACGAGGUCCCCCCUCAAGCUUAUAUAGCAUUCUUUCCUCACUUUAAGUUCCGUUUAAUACAGUUUUUUUUCCCCUAUGGCACUUGUGUGACAUCACCACCCUCCCAUUGGUCAAGUGGCCCUUGAAAAAGGUGUGUAAUUAUGACGAGGUUAGACUUCACAUGUUUGACAUCAUUUCAGCGCAGUGGCUCACAUAGUGAACAGGGUUACUUUUAGUCCACAAAUGGUGGCGGUGGCAUCAGUUUCACCAUUCGACGCCAAGCCAUGGAGAAAUGGAUAGGAUCUGUAACUCAUUUUCUUAUGAUAAGUAUCGAAUAAAGAAAACAGAACAACCUCCUUUUGAUUGGUUGGAGUAGGAAGAGGGAACCCAAUGAGCACUUACUUAGAUGCACACAGAAGAUACACACCCAUCCCCACAUUCACUCACACACACACACACACACACAGAAAAAAAAGUAGGAAAGAACAACAUAAACAACAACUAAUGGUGCUACAGAUGCUCACUUGACCUCUGAGGUAGGAUGGCGAUACAGGUUUAACGUAACGGUGGAAGUUUCCUCCCUCCUCUCUUUUUGUCCUUCUCUCUCUCUUUUUCUCGACUCUGUGGGGUUGAAGAAUCCAAAUAGGUGUCUGACACCCUUACACGUCUCCUCAGAAGCUGCCUGGCAGCAAAGCUGUUUGAACACUAGCGUUGUAUUUCAAAAAUAUAGACAAUGUAGUGUGAUACACUCAAAUCUAACCAGGUCAACCUGGGCACACCACAAAAGAAGACAAACUGUAUAGAUAAACCUCGAUAAAAAAAAAUAAAAGAAGCUCUUUUCUCCUCUUCUUCACUAUUGUCUGUUUUGCUACAAAGUCCUCGGUGGCAAAAAACGUUGUACUCUACCUCUGACUGCAGGAUAAGAGCGCCAGUGGCAGAGCAGACACUGGUCUAGUCAAACCAAAAUGGGUGGGAAAAAAAGAACAGGAAAAAAUCCCAAAGUUUCAGGCUCAUACAGCUGCAAAACCAUAUCACUACUUGGUAACAAUGCAGACCUCAUGAAACCUAAUGAAUAGAAAUGAUAUCAAAAAGAGAAAAAAAACUUUUCUUACAUUGUGUUUUGUCUUUUUCACUCUCUAUCUCUCUCUCUCUCUCUCUUACACAUUCACACACAAACACAAAAACAUAUGCACACACAGACACACAUAUAUACAACGUACACAUAUACUCAUGCACACAGAUGGCAUCAAGGUUUUGAUUUGUGAGGUAAUGAAUUAAGGACAAAAACAUAGUGAUUGUAGAGAAUGUGUGACCUCUGUUUGAUAUUCAGUUACAGCCGUGCUCUAAGAUCAGAAAUGUGAUUU